AACUCUAGUUUACUGGUGUUCCAGACAUACACCACUAUCUCAACAAUCUGUCAGAGUCGUAAGGACUCGGAGUAAGAAGUGCCCUGAACAUUUCCCAAAACCUCUCUCUGAUGAUUUCCACGGCCAUAAAAUCCAUGCUGAAGGAUGUAGAUAGUGCGGGAACCCUGAUUCCUGUUUCCAGUCUGAAUGACAACUCAGACAAACUGAGUCUCCUCUCAGUCAUUGUCAAGACCAAGCCCAAAAGGGAAUGGUUCUGGAAGAAACCCAAGUACCAAUCUAGGGGCUUUACACUCAGUGAUGUGCUUCCUGAAGACUCACCAUUAAGCCCAAGUUCCAAGAAGAUGGACUUUGUUGAUCACAGUGGGAUAUUUCGUGACCAGAAGGAAAUUAAGGCAGAAGGAAAAGUGGAGGGAUUGUUUGCAGAUAUAAAAUUUAACGUAGGGGUGAACUGCUCCUACAAACAGGAAUGUUCCUUUGGCAGACUGAAGAAAGAGGAGGUUGAGGUGAAGAAGUUAUUGAACCAUUUGAAAGACAAACGCUUGGACAUGACCCACCCUGUAAUCAAGCAGAGCUUUGCAAAGCCCAGGGCAGUCUUAUGCAUUUUAACAGAGAGGAUUAUUACCACGGAACCUUGUCUGGUCACUAACAAAACUCUGAAGUCUGGCAACAUAUGUGCCAAGGAGGCCAUUUUGUUAGACCUGAGCACCUUUGAGAAGGCAUCUGUGAAACAGAGUGUCAGCAAGCAGUCAGGAAGUGUGGUUUCUCUACAGUUUCCGGAAAAUACUGUAAUUGCCUUCAGUCUGAUUGAACUCCGGGUCAAAAGCAAUGGAACGUUUGACCUUUGCCUCUUCUCCGACAAUGGUGGUUUCGAACAGGUUAAGCCAAAUGAUGAAUUCCUAGAAGAUGUAUUUAUGGGAGGCAUAUUUGAUCACAACAGCCUCCUGGAUUUAAAUAAAGAACUAGAGAAACUGAGUGAUCACUUCCAGCUGCUGUCAGUUCUACCGACUGAGAUGCGCUCCAACCUGCUUCAGCUCCUCAGAAACACAAUGAAGAACAGAGAGGAAGUCAGUGUUCUGGAGAGUGUGCUGGAUCAGAUGUGUGACGGUGAGACUCCAGACCUGGGUGAUCUGAGAGAGUCAGUGAGGAAGACCGUCCAGGCCAUAGUGGAUCUUGUGGAUCAAAUUGAUGAUGAUGACAAAGAGCUCAGAUCCUCACUUCUCAGUUCCAUCCACCUCAUUGUCAGUGCCAUGGAUGAGAUGCCAGAUGAGGGACUCUCAGUGUUGGAAUCCUGUUGCAGUCCUCCAGUCUUAGAGGCCCUUCAGAUCCUGGUCCAGUGUGUGGCAGCAGGGAGUGGAGAGACCCUCUCUCUGACAGAUGCAGGUCUGACUAUACUGACUGAAGAGGAGGUGUAUGGAAAGGCACAGUGUCUCUUUGACCUCUCUAACGUGAUACUGAAGAGAGAGGAGGACACACUGAAGACAGAGAUGAAGGACCAGACUGGAUACAUUUCUCUUUUAAUGAGUAUUGCUGUGAAAGGCCUGGCCUCUUUAGUGUAAGCUGAUAGGGAAACCAUCUGAAACAGUGACAGAACUUUAAUAUUGAGACAGAACGUUCUUUAUUUUACCAUUUUCUUUAUAGGAGGUUAAAAACAUGGUGGGUCGCUGUGUGUCUAAGUCAGAGUUUCUCAAAGAAGAUUCUUCUGGGGACCGCUUGCUUAAAAUAAUAGCAACCAUUUAUUUUUUUAAAGACAAUGUGUUAUUACAAUUUCUCUAUGAUGUCAACUGCACCAAUACUUUAGUUUUAAUAGUCAUGACAUCAUCCAUUAAGCAUUUGAAUUUUCUAUUUUAGCAUUUUGAAAUCUAUUUUAGCACAUAUUGAAGCUACUGAAAACAAUUAUUUGAUAAUAUUAUACAUAUCAACCGCAAACACUGACUUAAUAGACCUCAAGACUUUGUCAAGAUCGUAUUACAUAUUUAAAUAUAUAUAUUUUAUUGUGUCUAUAUAUUUUUUUUUUUUUAUUGUGUCUUCAUCUGUUAGUUACUGUUGAACCGAUGAGGCGAAUUGGCUGGAGGUGUGCACCCAGUAUGAGGCCAAAGUUUUUGCCCAUGUCACACCAAUGUAGAUGUGUUUGCUGGGUACCAUGUUGUUUCUGGUCUAACAUAGGAGAGAGUUCAUUAUGCCAUGUAAUCUGUCAAUCUUGUUCUGUCCUGUUCAAACUGAUACAGGCCCUAAAAUGAUCAAUAACUCCAGCUUGUCAAGCCACAGAUUGUGGAUCUCACAGGAGUGUGACAGGUAUGGCAUGAGGUACCAGCGGCUCACGUCUGUAAUCGACAGGACCCUGUGCAGCUUCUACCCCCAAGCCAGAUGCCACACUGAUGUCACACUAGACUACGCCCACACAAUCACACUUUCUUAGCCGGCAACAAACACACACAUACACAUGAAAUGUACACAUAUGCAUAUUGAUGCCGUGAACUCUCUCACUCGUCUCGCGUGCACGCACGCACACAUGCACACACGCGCACACACACUGCAGGCAAUGUUUAUUAAUAUCCAUCAGUGCCUCCCCAUUUUGGUCGUUAUUUGAAUCAAUGUUUAUUCAUUCACUGUUAUUCAUUGUUGUUGCUCGUUGCACUAUGUAUAUUUCCCUUCGGUUGUUUGUCUGUUGUCUUUAUUUUUAUGUUGUCAUUAUAGUAUCCAGAGCACAUAAGCCAUAAUGGACCAAUACAAUCUUCUGCUUUAAAUUACAUUUUGCUUAUAAAGUGGCCUUAAUAUAAAUGUCUUAUAGCUUUAGAAACAUGUGUUAUGCUUUAUAAAGUGUUAGUAAAUCAGUCAUAAGCACAUGUCAAAUGUAACGCAACCCGCUAUGUUCAAUAUUAAAGUUAUUGACGUUUAUUUGGUUAUUUGCCACGUAGGCGUUUUUAAAAUGA